CUCUCUCCCUUUUAGUUAACUCCUCCUUUCUUCUCUGUUUCAGAAACUUGGGAGUACCCCAUUCAUCUUCUUCCAUGGAGCACCGUACUAUAUUAGUCUUCUGGAUUACUGUCAGUCUUAUUUUAGUCCAGAACCCAAGCAAUGUACAUGGUAGAUAUCACUACCAUAAGAAGACCAGUAAAGGGUCACAAGUACCCCCUACUCCAUCUCCGGAAUCGCCUGAAUCUUCAGAGCCAGUAGUAUCUCCACCGCCAACUGAAGUUGCUCCUUCUACACCAAGCACUAGUCCCCCGAAUGUUCCAUCCGACCCUUACCCCGAGGAUCCGGGAAAUGACUCCAACGCCACGGAUUGUACAUUCAACGUCAUGUCGUUCGGGGCCGUCGGAGACGGCGAUGCUGAUGACACCAAGGCGUUUAGAGAUGCUUGGAAAGCGGCGUGUGCAGUUGAAGGCGCUGUCGUUUUGGCUCCUGCUGAUUACUGCUUCAAGAUCACUUCCACCAUUUUUUCCGGUCCUUGCAAGCCUGGACUAGUAUUCCAAGUCGAUGGGAUUUUGAUGGCACCCGACGGGCCAAAGGCUUGGCCUAAAGCAGACAGCAAUAAACAAUGGCUUGUGUUUUAUCGACUAGACCAAAUGACGUUCACUGGAAGUGGAACCAUCGAAGGCAAUGGCCAAAAAUGGUGGGAUCUGCCUUGCAAACCUCACAGGGGUCCCGAUGGAUCCACAGCAUCAGGACCAUGUGAUAGCCCUGCUUUGAUUCGAUUCUUCAUGAGCACCAACUUGAUGGUGAAAGGGUUAAGAAUCCAAAACAGUCCUAUGUUCCACAUGAAAUUCGACGGCUGCGAAGGAGUUCAGAUCGAAAAGCUGUCGAUUUCUUCCCCGAAACUUAGCCCCAACACAGAUGGAAUCCACAUAGAGAACACAAAAUCUGUGGGAAUUUAUGACUCAAUGAUAAGCAACGGGGAUGACUGCAUUUCCAUAGGUCCAGGAUGUGCCGACGUUGAUAUAAUGGGAGUCACUUGCGGGCCAAGUCACGGAAUUAGCAUUGGGAGCCUUGGUGUCCACAACUCGCAGGCAUGUGUUUCCAACAUCACAGUCCGUGAUGUUGUCAUAAGAGAAUCAGAUAACGGGCUCCGUAUCAAGACAUGGCAAGGCGGAACGGGCUGCGUCUCAGGAAUACUGUUCGAAAACAUCAACAUGGAGAAUGUGCUGAACUGCUUGCUCGUCGAUCAGUACUACUGCACCUCCAAGGGUUGCCUGAACCAAACCUCGGCCGUGCACGUCACCGACGUGGUGUAUCGAACGAUCAAGGGUACUUAUGAUGUGAGGAAGCCUCCAAUUCACUUUGCUUGUAGUGACACUGUGGCUUGCACCAACAUUACACUCUCAGAAGUUGAGCUUUACCCGUAUGAAGGUCAGCUAAUGGAUGAUCCAUUUUGUUGGAAUGCUUAUGGGAUUCAAGAGACUCCAACUAUUCCCCCUAUUGAGUGUUUACAAGAUGGUCAGCCUGAGGCUUUGGCAGAGGUGCCUCAGUAUACUUGCUAGGAUAUGAGUUAAUUAGCUAGCUAGUAAUAAUAUGAUUUACUUUGGAUUGGUUUGGUAUAGUAGAAAUAUUAUUACUGUAUAGAGCCAAUUAGCUAGAGCCAUUGUGAUCUGUUACAUGGGUAAUGGAUCUUGAUUAUUACUUAGGCUCCAUCCCUAUUUGGGGCUUCCCCAUAUUGUGUGAUGCGAUUUACGAAUUAAAAACAACCCUUUACAAUAUUGUAAUGUUAUGUAAGGAAUAAAAGUCAUAUUCUCGU